ACGUUUUCCGAGGCAGAAACAAUAGCAGGGAAAACACAGACGCUCUCUCUCUCUCUCUCUCUCACUCUGUAUUAUAUUUCUUAAGUUGGAGUUAUUACACCUGCAGAGAUGGUCGCCGGCGGCGAGUGGAGAUUUCCGGAGGUUUUGGUUUGUGGAGGUUUUCGAUGACAGAGGUUUGCUGGAGAAUGCUGAGCGACGACGACGAUGAUUCGCCGGCGAAAUGCCGGGAGCGCCGCUGGCGGAGGAUUGAGAUGAGGAGACUAGCGGCGAUUUCGGCGGCGAGCUCUGCACUGCCUCCGCUGAUCCAGAGCCGGGGGGAUAACCCUGACCUGACGGAGAGCUUGGCAGAAGUGAAGCGGAUUCGGACGGCGGAGAAGAGCGAUAUACCGGCGUCGUCUUCGUCGUCAUCCGGAGAAGAUGUGGACGCUUUGUCGGCGCAGCAGAUUGGGGGUCCGGCUAGAGAGCCGGUUUUCGGGACCAUGUCGGUGUCGGGGAGGUCUCGUGGGAUGGAGGACGCGAUAGAUGUUCGGACGAGCCUUUGCCGGCCGGAGAUAAGUCAUUACCGACCAGUUCAUUUCUUCGCUGUGUUUGAUGGCCAUGGAGGACCUCACGUCGCGGCAUUGUGUAGGGAAAGGAUGCACGUGUUCGUAGAGGAGGAGCUGACGCGCGUGAGUUGCACGGGGGAGAGUGAGAGUGGGAGCAGUAGUAGCUCCAAAGACGAGCUUGAAGAGGAUGGUACGGAUUUGGAAGAGAAGUGGAGGAGAGUGAUGAGGAAGAGCUUCGAGAGGAUGGACGGGGUGGCAUUGUGCACAUGCGCGUGCGGGAGCGUGGGGUACAAGUGUGGUUGCCAUCCCAUGGAGGUGCCGCUCGGCGGGUCCACCGCCGUGGUGGCCGUUCUCACGCCGGAAUACAUAGUCGUCGCCAAUUGCGGAGACUCACGCGCCGUCCUUUGCCGUGCCGGCACCCCCAUACCUCUGUCGCAGGAUCACAAGCCUGAUAGACCAGAUGAACUAGCAAGAAUUGAAGCUGCUGGGGGCCGAGUCAUCUUCGUUAAUGGAGCUCGAGUUGAAGGCAUUCUUGCAAUGUCCAGGGCGAUAGGGGAUAAGUAUCUCAAGCCAUUUGUAACAUCAGAGCCAGAGAUAACUUUCACAAAAAGAGAAAUGGAAGAUGAGUGCUUAAUCCUUGCAAGUGAUGGCUUGUGGGAUGUUCUGUCAAGUGAAUUGGCUUGUGAGAUAGCACGUGAAUGUCUUCAAGACCGACCUCCUGCCGCCACAAUAGUCCUCAACUCCGGGCCUCAGGUAGAAGAUGAAGGGGCUGGAGCAUUGUUUCCAUCCCGAAGUGUACUCGCAGCUGCAUUGCUGACUCGCCUUGCCUUGGGGCGAAAAAGCUAUGAUAACAUCAGUGUCAUAGUUGUUGAUCUUAAGAAGAGCUAAAGGGAAGAGAAAGAAUGGAAAAGGGCCUGGAGCAUUUUGUAUCCUUCCAGCUGCAAUGCUGACUCCCCUUG